AAACCUGUAUUCUACCAUACAAUAUUGAUAAUGACUUUGCAAAUUAACAAAGGAGAUAGUUUCUAAAUGACCGAUACUCUAUGAGACAAAGAGCACUGCUAAAUGCUUCACAUUAUCUUCCACACUCAUGAAACGUAGAGGUGCAGUGACAGGAUAAUUGCUGGGUGUAGAGUGUGUUCCCUCCUACGCAUGCAUCAAGCAGGAAGAGGACCAUCCCAUCCACUGCCUGUAUAUAAGGCCACCUUACAAGUUGGCUCGGCAUCCACAAGAACCAGGUGACAGGACAGACAAACAGGGUUAAGGACAACCGGUAUCUUUCCAGUAAACAGCAUUUCAGACCCCAGCUACUAUGGCAAGUGCGAGCUUUCAGAAAGAGUUCCUGGACACUCACAACGCAUACAGACAGAAGCACAACACAGCCUCCCUGACGCUCAGCAGCGAACUAUCAGCCUCCGCUCAGAAGUGGGCCGACCACCUGGUCUCCAUCAAAACCCUGCAACACAGCACCACAGACAAAGGAGAAAACCUCUAUUUUGCAUGGAGCUCCGAGCCUAAAACCUUGACUGGCAAGGAAGCAGUUGACAGCUGGUACAGUGAGAUCAAAGACUACAAAUUCGCACAAGCAGGAUUCGGCUCCAACACUGGUCAUUUCACCCAGGUUGUGUGGAAGGAGAGCACUCAGGUAGGAGUGGGCCUGGCAUCUGAUGGGAACAACAUCUUCGUGGUGGGGCAGUACAGCCCAGCAGGAAACAUGAACAUGCCAGGCUACUUUGAGAAGAACGUCCUUCCCCUAGCAUAAAAGCUGUGCAUUUUACAGCUAGCAAAGGGACUGGUGGCGGUGGGAAGAACCCAAGUGAGGGCAACUCCAUCAAAUCAUCAUGCACCCUGCUGUAGAAGGUUGACUAUACCUCUCUGAAUCAAACUUUUCUGUCAUUAUCAUGCUAUGUAUAUCUGUUCUACAAUAUCCUUUACCGUGUCUCAACAAUGUAAGCUACAGUCAUGUUUUUGUAUAUUCUUUAUGAAAAUUAAAGAUUUCAUCAUAUUUUGCCAACA